AUGAAUAAAAAUUUAGUAUAUACUGACAAUGUAUUUUCUAUAUUUACAAUUGCUGCUUUGAAAGACACAGGUUUUUAUGCUGUAGUUAAUGAGACUAUGGUUGAGAAAAUAUUCUGGGGUAAAGGAAAAGGUUGCGAUUUUUUAGAAAAUACUUGCUAAAGUAUACAUUAAUACAAUGAAUAUAUUUAAUUAAUUGAUAAAGAGUAAUGUUCUUUUGAUUAUGAAAGAAUUGGUAUUCCUAUAUUUUAAGAAUUAAACAAAUGUAAUAUUGGAUUAAGCCUUUAUAAAGAUAGAUUUUGCACAAAUCCGAAUAGUGUUAGUGAUUUCGAUUAAUUAGUACAAGAGCAAGAAUCGGAUAAAUUAUCUAAUUAUUCAACUCAAAGUAAAUGCUUUUAAUCUACAGCCACAAAGUCCUUAUCUACAAAGUAGUAUAAAGAUACUUAUAGAUGUCAUUAAUUCAAAUGUUCAUCUGAUGCUACAGAAAUAACUGUUAUUUUCCCAGAGAUUAAUUUUUAAGUUUUAUGUGGAAAAGGUUAAUAAAGUAUAUAAAAGGAAAUUGAUCCAACCGGACAAAAUGCUUAAGGUUAAAUCACAUGUCCUUAAGAUUAUGAAAGAUUUUGUAAUUAUACCCCUAUGUGUCCAAAUUUUUGUUCCGAAAAAGGAGUUUGUGUAAACGGUCUAUGCAUCUGCUAAGACGGUUUUGGAGGAGUUGAUUGUUCUAUAGAAUGUUCCGGAGUAGUCGAUAAUGAAACUUGUGUAGAAGGUCCAUGUCCGUAAGGCAAAUUUUAGAACCCAGAUAAUACUUGUAAAUCAGAUUGUCCUUUUGGUUCAUUUGGAAGGGCUGGAAAAUGUGAACCAUGUGAUAACAAUUGUUCUAGAUGUAAAGGACCAUCAGCUAAAUAGUGUACUAAAUGCUAGUUUAUGAAAUUAUUGCAAGAAAACUAGUGUGUAAAUGAAUGCGAUGAAAAACGAGGGUUUUCUCCUAAUUUUGAUUCUGGUGUUUGCGAAUAUCUUUUAUCAAAUAUUUGUAAAGGAAAUUGCAAAAUUUGUUUAAAAAGUAAUUAAAAUUUAUGCGUUACAUGCAAAGAAGGCUUUUAUUUUAAUGACAAUAAUAAUUAGUGUUUAAGUGAAUGUCCUAAUGGAUUUUUUGAAAACUAAGAAACUUAGAAUUGCGAGAAGCUUUCAUAAGGAUGUCUUUAAUAAAAUAAUUCUAACACAUGUUCUCAAUGCGAUACUACUAAUGGAUUUAGAUUAACUUUAGAUAAUAAAUGCACUUUGUGUUAGUCACCUUGCUCCUAAUGUGAUCCUAAUAAUUUAUCGAUAUGUUUCGCUUGUGAUGAUGAUGGUUAUUAUGUUGAUAAUUAAACUAGAGAAUGUAAAGCAAAAUCUUCAGGAGAAUCUGAAAUAAAAUGCCCUGAUGGAUGCAAAAAAUGUUCUUAAUCUGGAGAAUGCUUGUCUUCUAGAUUUUUACUUUAGGCUUAAGGCGAUAAUUAAAUAACGAAUAGUUAUUAAGGACUCGUUAUUUUUACUAUUGGUUAUGUUUUAUUUGGAUUAUUAUUUUGA